CCAGCAAUGUCCCCACCCCGAUGAGAAUCUACGUAUCGCCCUCAGCAAGAGGGUGGGCAUGGAUCCUCUUCGGGUCAAGUUCUGGUUCCAGAAUCGACGCAAUGCAAAGAAGAACCAGAAUGAGCGUCAACAGAACAUGGUGCUCCGGACGGAGAACGUUAUGCUAGCAGAAGAGAAUCGAGCCAUGAAGGCGGCGAUGCUGAAGAAGACCUGCCCCACAUGCAAAGGCCCGAUGGUGUUCAUUAAGCCGCUGACCCCGCCGGAGCUGCGGCGCCUACACAUGGAGAACGAGAGGCUCAAGGCCGAACUCCUCCGCAGGACGGCCUACCUCCACGGUGUCUCUGCUGGAACUGCAGGCUCGUCACGGAUCCUCUGCGAUCUCAACGUCGACCCCGUCGUGCCGCCGCCGCCACGCCAGGACGACCUCAUGGCGGACACCAUGGGUCACUGUGCUCCCGGCGGCUGCGCAUCAUCCACAGCCGGCGGCGCGGAGCACGCCGCGCUCGAGAGGCACGUCCUCGCUGCACUCAACGAGCUCAUGAUGCUGAUGAAGCAGGGCGAGCCAAUGUGGCAGCCGGCGGCCCUGGGCGGCGAGGUGCUCGACCACCAGCUGUAUCGCGCGACCACGCUCCCGGGCUUACUCGAGCUUCCCCCGCCGGGGUUCACGGCGAAUGGCACUCGGGACACUGGCAUGGUUAUGUGCACUGGAGCCGACCUUGUCCGCAUCUUCAUGGACGAGAACUGUUGGCUUGAAACGUUUCCCGAUAUCGUGUCAAGUGUUUCCGCCAGCGACAUCGGCCACGGUUGUAUCUGCCAAGGGGGAGUGAUACUGAUGAAUGCAGGCCUUAGGGUGCUGUCGCCAGGGGUGUCGAGUUGCAAUGCGAAGUUCCUGAGGCAAUGCCAGAUGAUAGAGCAAGGCGUUUGGGCCGUGGUGGACGUGUCUCUUGAUGCCCAUGGCACAUCUGAGCUCAGAGCAUGGAACACUGGCCUGCCGGGGGCCUGCCGGGUGCUGCCCAGUGGGUGUCUUAUCAAGGACAUGAACAAUGGCUACUGCAAGGUGGCAAUGAUCGUGAACGCGGAGUAUGACAAGGGCUUCAUGCCGCCGCUCCUCCACCUGCUGUUGAGCUCAGGGCACACCUUCAGCGCACGUCGCUGGCUGACAUCGCUCCAGAGGAGGUGCGAAUUCCUUGCGCAGCGCUUGAGCCCCGCCUAUGGCAUCAGCAGGGCAGGUGGUGCAAUAACGCCCGAGGGGCGGAACAACGCCCUGGAGCUGGCACGGAGGAUGACGGAGAGCUUCUACGUGGCCAUCUCUGCGCCCAGGGGCGAGGCGUGGCGCAAGGUCGCCGACUGGCGCGGCCGCGAGUCCUUCCAGCUGGCCAUGCACGUGUUGACUCCCCUCGCUGCACCGGGAGAGCAGGCGGCCGGGCCCGUGCUGUGCGCUACCACGACGGUGUGGCUCCCCGAGAUACCGCCGCAGCGCGUGUUCGACUACAUCUGCGACGGGGAGCGCCGUGGCGAGUGGGACGUGCUUGCCGAGGGCGCACGCGUGCAGGAGGAAGCUUCCCUUGCCACGGCCCAGUUCCCUCUCAGCGGCGUCUCCGUCCUUCGCCCCACUGCAAUGGCUCGUGGUCGUGGUAGAAGCAGCUGCAACAAGAAGCUCAUCCUGCAGCAGGCUUGCAGCGACGCGCCGUGCAUGGUGGUGGCGUACGCUCCGAUUGACGCGGGAGAGCUCAAGGACGUGAUGCAUGGGGGCAGCCGUGCCUCUCUCUCCCUGCUGCCCUCCGGGUUCGCCAUCCUUCCUGACGGCGUCGGCGACAUGCAGAAUGAUCCGCUUGAUGCCAACCCCUCUGGUGUCGACCCCAUGGACCACCAGAGGAGCCGCGGAUCUCUCGUCUCUGUCCUGUGGCAGACACCCCUGGUUGGAGGGAACCUCACCGCACAGACCGUCGACAACGUCGGGAAUAAUGUCUCCGGUUCCAUCAUGAAGAUCAGGGCUGCUCUCCAUGCCAAGAGGGUUAUGACCGUCUGAUGCGCCUUCUACCAUUUCGUAUUCAUAAUCAGAAUAAUCACUCAGAUGAGAGACUGAGAAUAAAUUUGUGGACUUUGUUACAAUUUUUAUUUCAAUAAUUACUACAGUACAUUGUAGACAUUGAACUGCACCAGUGGGUUGUUUGUUUUCCAAAUGAAUUUAUGAAUCACUUUGUUUUUCUC